CGUCAUCCAUCUACCGAGUAGUGAGUACUAUGUUUGGCUUUCUCAUCUCUUCUGCUCAGACAUUUUUUAUUCGGGGGUGGGAGAUGGCAAUUUCAAGAUUUGGUCGCCAAGUGAAGCGUACAUAUCAGACCUAUGGGUUCCGCUUGAAGUUAACCGCAGUAGUAAUUCUGGGUCUUUGCUUCGUAGUGAUUUGGUCUGCCUUUUCGCCUUCUUCUUACUCUGUCACCUCACAAAGAGAAAUCUUUGCAGAACCCAUUUCUGGGAACAGGAAGAAAGCAGCUACUGGUUUUGAGGCUGAGAAGAGGGAAGACAAAAGAGUGGAGAAGUCGGAAUCUGGCUUGAAGGAGUUGAAAUUGGAUGAUGGGCGUAAAAAUGGAAGUGAUGGGGAAGGGAAAGGAGGGAUCUUGGAGGUGCCCAAAGAGGUUGAGGGAGAGAAGGAUAAAGAAUCUGGCCAGGGAUCUGAAGCCACGCCAAGAGAAGAAGUAGUAGAAGAAGAAGAACAAGCAGGAGAAAAUGGAAAUGGGGAGGAUGAAUUGGAUAGGGAGGCUGUGAUGGAGGUGGAGGAGGAUGAAGAUACGGGUGGGGCCGGGAGGAAAAACAAGAAAUUGGGAGCAUUGUUUGAUCCAAAAGAACAAUACAGCUGGGAAUUGUGUAAGACAAGAAGCAAGCAUAACUAUAUCCCUUGCAUUGACAUGGCUGAGAGUGGAGGUGGGAAGGCGAGAAGUUAUAAAAGGCACCGUGAGAGGAGUUGCCUUAGGGCAGCAGCACAUCAAAUGUGCCUUGUUCCACUCCCCCCAGAUGGUUACAAGACUCCUAUAGGCUGGCCAGAAAGCAUGUCCAAGAUAAUAUACAAGAAUGUAGCACACGAGAAACUAGCCGAUUUGGUUAAGACAAAGAGUUGGGUUAUGGAGUCUGGGGAAUAUCUCAUUUUCCCCCAGAACCGUUCUGCUUUGGAAGACAGAGUUCAGCACUAUCUUGUGUCCAUUCAGGAAAUGGUACCUGACAUCGAAUGGGGAAAGAACAUCCGUGUAGUGCUGGAUAUUGGAUUCAAAGAUUCAAGUUUUGUCGCUUCUCUAAUUGAGAAGGAUGUAUUAGUGCUUACUUUGGGAUUGAAAGAUGACCCUUUUGACCUCGCACAAGUUGCCCUUGAAUGUGGUUUCCCUGCACUAGUUAGCCCAUUUGAGACCCGCAGACUUCCUUUCCCUAGUGGCGUUUUUGACACAAUUCAUUGCGGUGAAUGCCACAUGUCGUGGCAUUCUAAUGGAGGCAAACUACUUCUUGAGGUGAACAGAAUCUUGAGACCGGGAGGGUAUUUUAUUUUAUCAACUAAGCACAAUAGUGUCGAGGCUGAAGAAGCUAUGUCCACCCUUACAGCAUCUAUCUGUUGGAACAUCCUGGCUGACAAAACUGAUGAUGUCAGUGAUAUAGGAAUUAAAAUAUAUCAAAAGCCUGAAUCGAAUGAUAUAUAUAAACUGAGAAGGAAAAAGGUCCCCCCUUUAUGCAAUGCCAAAGACAAUCCAGAUGCUGCCUGGAACACCCCCAUCAGAAUUUGCUUGCAUGAGAUUCCAUCGGCAAUUGAAGAACGAGGGACAGAGUGGCCUGAGGAAUGGCCAAAGAGGCUUGAAACAUUUCCAGACUGGAUGAGUAAUGAUAGAGAAAAGAUGAUUGCAGACGAUAAUCACUGGAAAGAUAUAAUAGACAAAUCUUACCUUGUUGGCUUUGGAAUUGACUGGUCUAACAUAAGGAAUGUAAUGGACAUGAAAGCAGUCAAUGGAGGAUUUGCAGCUGCUCUUGGGCGGCGGAAGGACGUUUGGGUAAUGAAUGUGGUCCCGCCCCUACAUGCCCGAGAUACCCUUCCAAUAAUAUAUGAACGUGGUCUUCUUGGCAUUUACCAUGACUGGUGUGAGUCCUUUGGAACCUACCCUAGAUCAUAUGACCUUCUUCACGCUGAUCAUCUGUUUUCAAGGCUCAAGAACAGAGAUUCGCCGGAAGCUUUCGUCGCCCACUGUCUCAACCGGGACACUCACACCUGGUUUCAGCGCUUCAGUAACAUAGAUGAGGACUACGAUGUUCUGAUUAUGAGACUGUUACUUCUUGACGAAGGUGUUGGUCUUAUGGGGGACCAUCGAUCACCCUUAGGGAUUCGCUACUGUGCUUGUCACGUUGAAACUCAUCCGUCAUCCAUCUACCGAGUAGUGAGUACUAUGUUUGGCUUUCUCAUCUCUUCUGCUCAGACAUUUUUUAUUCGGGGGUGGGAGAUGGCAAUGUCAAGAUUUGGUCGCCAAGUGAAGCGUACAUAUCAGACCUAUGGGUUCCGCUUGAAGUUAACCGCAGUAGUAAUUCUGGGUCUUUGCUUCGUAGUGAUUUGGUCUGCCUUUUCGCCUUCUUCUUACUCUGUCACCUCACAAAGAGAAAUCUUUGCAGAACCCAUUUCUGGGAACAGGAAGAAAGCAGCUACUGGUUUUGAGGCUGAGAAGAGGGAAGACAAAAGAGUGGAGAAGUCGGAAUCUGGCUUGAAGGAGUUGAAAUUGGAUGAUGGGCGUAAAAAUGGAAGUGAUGGUGAAGGGAAAGGAGGGAUCUUGGAGGUGCCCAAAGAGGUUGAGGGAGAGAAGGAUAAAGAAUCUGGCCAGGGAUCUGAAGCCACGCCAAGAGAAGAAGUAGUAGUAGAAGAAGAAGAACAAGCAGGAGAAAAUGGAAAUGGGGAGGAUGAAUUGGAUAGGGAGGCUGUGAUGGAGGUGGAGGAGGAUGAAGAUACGGGUGGGGCCGGGAGGAAAAACAAGAAAUUGGGAGCAUUGUUUGAUCCAAAAGAACAUUACAGCUGGGAAUUGUGUAAGACAAGAAGCAAGCAUAACUAUAUCCCUUGCAUCGACAUGGCUGAUAGUGGAGGUGGGAAGGCUAGAAGCUAUAGAAGGCACCGUGAGAGGAGUUGCCUUAGGGCAGCAGCACAUCAAAUGUGCCUUGUUCCACUCCCCCCAGAUGGUUACAAGACUCCUAUAGGCUGGCCUGAAAGCAUGUCCAAGAUAAUAUACAAGAAUGUAGUGCACGAGAAAUUAGCCGAUUUGGUUAAGACACAGAGUUGGGUUAUGGAGUCUGGGGAAUAUCUCAUUUUCCCCCAGAACCGUUCUGCUUUGGAAGACAGAGUUCAGCACUACCUUAUGUCCAUUCAGGAAAUGGUACCGGACAUUGAAUGGGGAAAGAACAUCCGUGUAGUGCUGGAUAUUGGAUUCAAAGAUUCAAGUUUUGUUGCUUCUCUAAUUGAGAAGGAUGUAUUAGUGCUUACUUUGGGAUUGAAAGAUGACCUUUUUGACCUCGCACAAGUUGCCCUUGAAUGUGGUUUCCCUGCACUAGUUAGCCCAUUUGAAACCCGCAGACUUCCUUUCCCUAGUGGCGUUUUUGACACAAUUCAUUGCGGUGAAUGCCACAUGUCGUGGCAUUCUAAUGGAGGCAAACUACUUCUUGAGGUGAACAGAAUCUUGAGACCGGGAGGGUAUUUUAUUUUAUCAACUAAGCACAAUAGUGUCGAGGCUGAAGAAGCUAUGUCCACCCUUACAGCAUCUAUCUGUUGGAACAUCCUGGCUGACAAAACUGAUGAUGUCAGUGAUAUAGGAAUUAAAAUAUAUCAAAAGCCUGAAUCGAAUGGUAUAUAUAAACUGAGAAGGAAAAAGGUCCCCCCUUUAUGCAAUGCCAAAGACAAUCCAGAUGCUGCCUGGAACACUCCCAUUAGAAUUUGCUUGCAUGAGAUUCCAUCGGCAAUUGAAGAACGAGGGACAGAGUGGCCUGAGGAAUGGCCAAAGAGGAUUGAAACAUUUCCAGACUGGAUGAGUAACGAUAGAGAAAAGAUGAUUGCAGACGAUAAUCACUGGAAAGAUAUAAUAGACAAAUCUUACCUUGUUGGCUUUGGAAUUGACUGGUCUAACAUAAGGAAUGUAAUGGAUAUGAAAGCAGUCAAUGGAGGAUUUGCAGCUGCUCUUGGGCGGAGGAAGGACGUUUGGGUAAUGAAUGUGGUCCCGCCCCUACAUGCCCGAGAUACCCUUCCAAUAAUAUUUGAACGUGGUCUUCUUGGCAUUUACCAUGACUGGUGCGAGUCCUUUGGAACCUACCCUAGAUCAUAUGACCUUCUUCACGCUGAUCAUCUGUUUUCAAGGCUCAAGAACAGCUUGAAUUGGGAGAUUCGAAUGACUUUUGCUCAAAAUAAGGAGGGUAUCCUUUGUGCACGAAAAACCUCUUGGCGGCCCUGAAAGAUGUUAUCACAGCAUCUGUUUUGUUGUUGUAUUCUAUUCCUCUUCACCAUUGUUCAAAUGCAGAGAGGUAAGUUCUGUGAUGUGCAGACAGUAUAUACAGUUCUCUUGGUGUUCAGAAGAGGAUGACAGAGGUAAGGUCUGCACAUGCUUUGAAUGUGGACAAACAUUAUGUCUACAUUCAUUUGAUUCUUAAUGUAUCGAAAAAUUCAUCAAAGACAGUUGUUUAGGAAUGGAGGGAGGAGUUCGGUAUGGUAUGUACAAAAGAGGGAGGAAGAUCGAUGACGGCGAUUAAGUUGCUAUUAUAGUGCCAUUCUUUGUGACUUGAAAAGUGCACUGGGUUUGUUGUUGAAGUGUACAGAUUUAGGCUUUGGCUUCCAAUUCACAUUAACUUUGUUAAAGGUGUGUUUUUGUUGUUGAAAGGACUGAAUUGU